AACGAUAACAAACACGCGCCUUUCCAAUUUUUAGACAUCCUCGAUCGCCAUUUCCAACAAGACUACUAGUAAUCUUUUAUUCAACUCUCUCUCUCUCGAUCUCCCUCGCCUCUCUCUCGAUCUCUCUCCGGCUCCGAUCGCCGGAAAAGAUGAGUGGCCACGACUCCAAGUACUUCUCCACUACUAAAAAGGGAGAAAUCCCGGAGCUCAAAGAGGAACUCAAUUCUCAGUACAAGGACAAGAGAAAAGAUGCUGUUAAAAAAGUUAUUGCCGCCAUGACUGUCGGGAAAGAUGUUUCAUCAUUGUUCACUGAUGUUGUAAAUUGCAUGCAGACAGAGAACUUGGAGCUCAAAAAGCUUGUUUAUCUGUAUCUUAUAAAUUAUGCUAAGAGCCAGCCAGAUCUCGCGAUACUUGCUGUAAAUACUUUUGUGAAGGACUCACAAGACCCAAACCCUCUCAUUCGUGCAUUGGCUGUACGAACAAUGGGAUGCAUUCGUGUUGAUAAAAUUACAGAGUAUCUCUGUGAUCCUCUCCAGAGAUGUCUCAAGGAUGAUGAUCCAUAUGUUCGCAAGACAGCUGCAAUAUGUGUUGCUAAAUUGUACGACAUUAACGCUGAGCUAGUUGAGGAUAGAGGGUUUCUAGAUGCUCUAAAAGAUUUGAUAUCUGACAAUAAUCCCAUGGUUGUGGCAAAUGCUGUUGCUGCUCUUGCAGAGAUUCAAGAUAACAGUAGCAAGCCUAUAUUUGAGAUCACCAGUCACACACUUUCAAAACUUCUUACUGCUCUAAAUGAAUGCACCGAGUGGGGUCAAGUUUUCAUAUUGGAUGCACUUUCGAAGUACAAGGCUGCCGAUGCCCUUGAAGCUGAAAAUAUUGUUGAGCGAGUCACUCCACGUUUACAACAUGCAAAUUGUGCUGUUGUCCUCUCAGCUGUCAAGAUGAUUCUUCAACAAAUGGAACUCAUAACCAGUCCUGAUGCAGUUCGUAACCCUUACAAGAAAAUGGCUCCACCUCUUGUGACAUUACUGUCUGCAGAACCUGAGAUUCAAUAUGUUGCCCUGCGAAACAUAAAUCUUAUCGUACAAAGACGACCUUCAAUUCUUGCUCAUGAAAUCAAGGUGUUUUUCUGCAAAUACAAUGAUCCAAUAUAUGUGAAGAUGGAGAAGUUGGAAAUUAUGAUAAAACUUGCUUCAGACAGAAACAUAGACCAGGUUUUAUUGGAGUUCAAAGAAUAUGCUACAGAAGUAGACGUAGAUUUUGUCAGAAGAGCCGUGCGUGCUAUUGGACGUUGUGCUAUCAAGUUAGAGAGAGCUGCUGAGCGAUGUAUAAGUGUUCUGCUUGAGUUGAUCAAAAUUAAAGUAAAUUAUGUGGUUCAAGAGGCCAUUAUAGUCAUUAAAGAUAUUUUUAGGAGAUAUCCUAAUACUUAUGAAUCCAUUAUUGCCACACUAUGUGAGAGUUUAGACACUUUAGAUGAGCCGGAGGCCAAGGCGUCAAUGAUCUGGAUUAUUGGUGAAUAUGCGGAAAGAAUUGACAAUGCUGAUGAGCUCCUCGAAAGCUUUUUAGAGACCUUCCCCGAAGAACCUGCUCAAGUUCAGUUGCAGUUGCUGACGGCCACAGUCAAACUAUUUCUCAAAAAACCUACUGAAGGCCCUCAGCAGAUGAUUCAGGUUGUCUUGAAUAAUGCUACGGUUGAGACUGACAAUCCAGAUUUACGAGAUCGUGCAUACAUAUACUGGCGCCUUCUUUCAACUGAUCCCGAGGCAGCAAAGGACGUUGUUUUAGCGGAAAAGCCUGUGAUAAGUGAUGAUUCAAAUCUCCUUGAUUCAUCUCUUCUUGAUGAGCUUCUUGCCAACAUUGCCACAUUGUCCUCUGUCUACCACAAGCCCCCAGAUACAUUUGUAACACGUGUGAGAACUGUUCAAAGAACCGAUGAAGAUGACUACCCAGAAGCAGGUGAGCCAGGAUACUCGGAAUCACCUUCUCAUGGAAUUGACAAUGGUGCAUCACCACCACCAACUUCAAGCAAUGCUCCACAAGCUGCACCGCGGCAACCAGUCCCGGCAGCACCUUUACCCGAUUUGCUUGAUCUGAUGGGGGAUGGCGAUAGCAGUAGUAAUGCUAUCGUGUCCCUUGACCAGCCUGAAACGCUUGAUGUCCCCACUCUACCUAUUGUGUUGCCUGCCUCAACUGGUCAAGGUUUGCAAAUCAGUGCACAACUGAUACGAAAAGAUGGCCAGAUAUACUACAGCAUAUUAUUUGAGAACAAUUCACAGGUUCCCCUUGAUGGAUUCAUGAUUCAGUUCAAUAAGAAUACAUUUGGUCUUGCUUCCGCUGGACCACUUCAGGUCCCACAAGUGCAACCUGGGUCGUCUGCCAGAACUCUUCUUCCCAUGGUUUUGUUCCAAAAUGUAGCCCCUGGUCCACCAAACACACUUUUACAGGUCGCUGUGAAAAAUUCUCAGCAACCUGUGUGGUACUUCAAUGAUAAAAUCUCAUUGUUGGUUCUUUUUACGGAGGAUGGGAGGAUGGAGCGUACAUCUUUUCUUGAGACAUGGAAGUCACUGCCAGACUCGAACGAGGUCAUAAAGGAUUUUCCAGGAAUCGUGAUCAAUAGUGUGGAAGCUACCCUAGACCGGCUGGCCGCAUCAAAUAUGUUCUUCAUUGCAAAGCGUAAACAUGCUAACCAGGAGGUCCUGUAUCUCUCUGCCAAGACUCCUCAACCAAUCCCUUUCUUGAUUGAACUCACUACAGUAGUCGGAAUUCCUGGCCUCAAGUGUGCAAUUAAGACGCCUAGCCCUGAAAUGGCUCCUCUUUUCUUUGAAGCCCUGGAGAUCCUCCUUAAGAAUAAAAUGUUGGAGCCUGUGAUGUGUUCUUCUCGGGUAUUCUCGCCUUUGAGGGAGGAAAGUGGUGAUGAAGAGCUUUCUGUUCUUCCUAGGCAUACCAAAGUUAUUGUGACAGGAAAUAACAGAACAAAGUCUGUUUUGGUGGGUCUGCAAGGAGUUGUCAAGAAGGCUGUUGGACUCGGUGGUUGGCAUUGGCUGGUUCUGAAGAACGGGGUUGAGGUGAAACUGCAAAGGAAUGCGUUGAGUGUUCUUGAGCACCCCACUGGGAAUGAAGUAGACGAAGAUUUUGACUUUGAUAGUAGCAGCAGCACUGACAUUGGUGAAAGGGAAAAUGAUUACCCCACUGGUAUGGAGUUCAGCAAGGUGACCAAGGCGUCAAUGAUCUGGAUUAUUGGUGAAUAUGCGGAAAGAAUUGACAAUGCUGAUGAGCUCCUCGAAAGCUUUUUAGAGACCUUCCCCGAAGAACCUGCUCAAGUUCAGUUGCAGUUGCUGACGGCCACAGUCAAACUAUUUCUCAAAAAACCUACUGAAGGCCCUCAGCAGAUGAUUCAGGUUGUCUUGAAUAAUGCUACGGUUGAGACUGACAAUCCAGAUUUACGAGAUCGUGCAUACAUAUACUGGCGCCUUCUUUCAACUGAUCCCGAGGCAGCAAAGGACGUUGUUUUAGCGGAAAAGCCUGUGAUAAGUGAUGAUUCAAAUCUCCUUGAUUCAUCUCUUCUUGAUGAGCUUCUUGCCAACAUUGCCACAUUGUCCUCUGUCUACCACAAGCCCCCAGAUACAUUUGUAACACGUGUGAGAACUGUUCAAAGAACCGAUGAAGAUGACUACCCAGAAGCAGGUGAGCCAGGAUACUCGGAAUCACCUUCUCAUGGAAUUGACAAUGGUGCAUCACCACCACCAACUUCAAGCAAUGCUCCACAAGCUGCACCGCGGCAACCAGUCCCGGCAGCACCUUUACCCGAUUUGCUUGAUCUGAUGGGGGAUGGCGAUAGCAGUAGUAAUGCUAUCGUGUCCCUUGACCAGCCUGAAACGCUUGAUGUCCCCACUCUACCUAUUGUGUUGCCUGCCUCAACUGGUCAAGGUUUGCAAAUCAGUGCACAACUGAUACGAAAAGAUGGCCAGAUAUACUACAGCAUAUUAUUUGAGAACAAUUCACAGGUUCCCCUUGAUGGAUUCAUGAUUCAGUUCAAUAAGAAUACAUUUGGUCUUGCUUCCGCUGGACCACUUCAGGUCCCACAAGUGCAACCUGGGUCGUCUGCCAGAACUCUUCUUCCCAUGGUUUUGUUCCAAAAUGUAGCCCCUGGUCCACCAAACACACUUUUACAGGUCGCUGUGAAAAAUUCUCAGCAACCUGUGUGGUACUUCAAUGAUAAAAUCUCAUUGUUGGUUCUUUUUACGGAGGAUGGGAGGAUGGAGCGUACAUCUUUUCUUGAGACAUGGAAGUCACUGCCAGACUCGAACGAGGUCAUAAAGGAUUUUCCAGGAAUCGUGAUCAAUAGUGUGGAAGCUACCCUAGACCGGCUGGCCGCAUCAAAUAUGUUCUUCAUUGCAAAGCGUAAACAUGCUAACCAGGAGGUCCUGUAUCUCUCUGCCAAGACUCCUCAACCAAUCCCUUUCUUGAUUGAACUCACUACAGUAGUCGGAAUUCCUGGCCUCAAGUGUGCAAUUAAGACGCCUAGCCCUGAAAUGGCUCCUCUUUUCUUUGAAGCCCUGGAGAUCCUCCUUAAGAAUUAAUAUACAUACUGUAUGUCGUCUUACAUAUUCUUAUUGUUUUGCCUUCUGUUUUGUAGUUUUCCUUUUCACCGUCAUGUGGACUAGUAGUUCUUAAUAUGUCCCUCUUUUUCUCUUGAAGCUUGUUUGCUUAAUACGAUAUUGGUGGUUGAACUUCCAAUUUUGUAGGUGAACACAUGUAUUACAAUAAUUUUUUUUGUUACAUUUAUAAUGAUUUAUUGUGAAUUCA